AUCGGAGCUUCCCUUGUCACCACCAUCCACUCUGCUGCCUCAGGACUUGACAAGGCUCUACCUAAGUCUUCCAAGGGCCGCUUUCGUCAUUCUCAACCUUGUCCAUAUCAACCCGUCCAUCACAUACACGCAUCACAAACUGCUGCACUUGCCAGGACAUCAUCGCACAUAAACACUCCGAAAGUCUUCCAACCCACAGAGCCUGCGCAACCUGUUGUUAUCGGUGGCUCCGCCCAGCCCUUGACUUGCCAACAUGAACCUCCUCUACUCAACCGUCAAUACGAUCAGGGACAAGUACACGCCCGUCAGCCACACAUCAACAUUCCGAAAGACCGGCCAGAUCACACCCGAAGAGUUCCUAGCAGCUGGCGACUAUCUCGUCUUCAAGUUCCCCACCUGGUCGUGGGCCGAUGCUGAGUCCGAAGCGAAGCGCGUCAACUACCUCCCGCCCGGCAAGCAGUUUCUCGUCACUCGCAAUGUUCCGUGCAACCGCCGGCUCGAUGCCGACUUUGCCGGCGAUGCGGGCCACGAAGAAGCCGUAGUCGGCGAUGGCGACGACUUCAAAUCCAAGGGCGACGCAGACGAAGAUGGAUGGUUGCGAACCGGCGGCCUGAGCAGCUCGCAGCCGCUCAAGGCCAAAGACGUCCGGACAGUCGACGAUUCAGGCAAGGUUGAGGACACUCUGGACGACGAUGACGAGAUCCCGGACAUGGAGGACGAAGAUGAUGAUGAGGCCAUCAUUCACGACACAGACGCUCACAAGCGCACUGGUGCCCGGAGAACUUAUACCCUGUACAUCAUGUACUCACCCUACUACCGCACACCUCGCCUAUAUCUGUCUGGGUACGCAGGGGGUCAACCGCUAGCUCCUCAGCUCAUGAUGGAGGACAUUGUAGGCGACUACAAGGACAAGACCGUCACUCUCGAGGACUUUCCCUUCUUCGCCACCAACGUCAAGAUGGCCAGCGUCCACCCGUGCAAGCACGCCUCGGUGAUGAAGACAUUACUAGACCGCGCGGACGCCGCCCUCAAGAUCCGCAGGGACAAGAUGAAGUCGGGAAAGCUGGUCGGUCAGGACGCCGGCAUGGAGGGCCUCGUCGACGAGAUCAACAAGCUCGACGUCAAGAGCGCCGAGGCGGCGGCAGAGAACGCUACCGAUGACUGGGAAGAGGUCGAAGCCGAGGACCAGGAGGUCGCCAUCCGCGUAGAUCAAUAUCUGGUUGUGUUCCUCAAGUUCAUGGCCAGUGUUACACCAGGCAUCGAGCACGACUUUACGAUGGGCGUCUAAGUACAUUUUGACAUUCUUACGACUAAGCGAAGAGCACAAUAUCAGGGGAUAGGAGGAUUGACUACUUUUUUUUCCACCCUCUCUCGUGGUUCCAUUAGAUGCAUUCAGCUUGAGACUUGGCGUUUCUGCGUAUUGAUUCCUCUCCUUUGAGCAAUGGACAAAUUUCAGAGGGCGUUCUCUUUUUCAAUCAUGGGGGGUUUUUUUCUUCUUCGAGCCAUAGUCUUUGACAGAAUUCAAUUUUCCAGCCGAAGAAUCAUUCUAGACAGCUGGCUAGUCUAGCACCAAAGAUGAUGAGAGCUCCAGAUAGAUGGCGGCGCCGUGACUUGCUGAAAUGCGCACACCGCACGAGAUAUCCU